AUGGGAAAGGUAGAGAAAAAGUCUGUCUCAUUAUUCUCCACCCAUGGACUCUCUACGAAGUCCAAAGCUUUAAUUCAAACUGGAAAACAAAUUAAUGAAAUCAACAAUGAAAAUAAAAAAGUAGAACAUUCAGACAUCAAUACAAAUACCAACAUAUUAAUAAAAAAAUCAGAUGAAAGUGGAAAUGAUGAAGAUUGGGAAACAGUAGGUUAUAAAAAGGGGAACAAAAUUCAAAAACGAAAAGCUACAACAACAUCAACAACAGAUACUCAACAACAACAAAUCAUUUAUUCAGACGUGACUACUGAAGGAGUUCAUUCAUACUUUUCAUUUGGAAAAGCUGAAACAAAACUUAAACCAUUAUCUACUAAAAAGAACUUUCAAGGACUACGAAGAACACAAGCACAAUAUCAGACAAAUUCUUCGCUGAACAACAAUAUUAAUGCAAGAAAUAACCAAUUACAUCUACCACCAUUCAAAAUAGAAUUUGAAAAUCAGCAAAAACCAUCAGAAAUACAAGUGUUAAAUGAUCUUGUUAAACAAAAUCAUAAAUUAAAUAUCAUUACUUUGCCUCGUCGAAUUCCUGUUUCAUAUUCUGUUAUUGUAAAUCACAUUCCUCGUGAAUGGAAUGUAGAUACAAUUCAUCCUCUUAUUGCUGAACGUUAUACAUCAACAGAUCGUGUUACAAGAAUAUUUCGUGAUGAUCAACCUACUACUAAAGUUCGAAUAGAUUUUCAUUCUCAAGAUGAUGUUAAUUUGAUUCUUAAAAACGGCUAUAUUUGCAUAGAUAGCAUCCGGUAUACAGCAACAACUUAUAAACCGCUUACUCAAAUUGAUCGAUGUUUUAAAUGUCAGCAAUUCGGGCAUAAAAUUCAUAAUUGUAUGAAUGAACCAAAAUGUUAUAAAUGUGGAGAAAUUCAUGCUUACAAUCCAAAUUGUUUAAAUCCUAUUAAAUGUGCUAAUUGUGCAGGUUCUCGCAUAACAGAAGCACCUCAAUGUCCGGCUAAAAUAUCUUAUCGCAAAAAUCAACAGCAACAACAGACUACAAGCAUGAUUUCUAAAUCCACAGCUACUCCUUAUCUACCUUCUUCAGCUCGCCUUUAUUCAACUGUUUUGCAAACAAUGUCAUUGCAUGUUAAUUCCAAUACACAAUCUACAGCAUUACCUGAACCAUCAAAAUUCGAACAAACUGAUCAAUCAUCUGUCAUUAUUAAAACACUAAAAGACGAAAUUACUAAAUCACACGAUAUUCUUAUAGACAAAAUCUUGCGCAUUGAACAAAAAUCUGACUUAGCUAUGCAACAACAUCUGUCUUCACUUCGAAUGAUUGAAACUCAAAUUGUACCUUAUUUGUUCUCUAGGUCGGAAUUGCUGGUUAAUGUAUAUGAUAAAUUAAGUGAAAAGAACAUAAUUCAAGCAACUGACCAACAAAAAACAAAACUUUCUUUUCUACGUGCUCUUUCAACUACUCAUAAAACAUCAUCAAUACCACAUGUUACGUCGAAUACAUCUAUUUCUUCUCCACUUCUUAUUCGCGCUCAGGCUCAAUCAAAUUUAUGUUCAUUGACUACAUCUACAUGUAAUCAGCCAUAUUCAACCUCUUUAUCACAACUAUCACUCGAAUCGAAUCUCAAUAAAAACUUAUGUUUACAAAAUGAUUAUUUUCAAUGA